UGAACAGAGUGUCCCUCCGGGACCGGUGAAGUCAGACCUCACGAGUAGACCGGGAGGGUCAAAGAGGGCCACCUUAUCAGCGGCGCCGAGAGCGCGCAGCCCAGACGCGCCAGAAGCUGCAGGAGGAGGUUUGGACUGUGAGGAAAUGAACUGUGAGUGACGGACUGGAAUUGGAGUGAUUUGGGAGAAAUGGUACAGCCCGGUUGCCCAGAGCACCCUGCACCACGUGCUCCAACCCCAGCGAACACCCCGGGGAACUGUGCGGCGCUAGCGCAGCGGCCAGGAUGGAGCUGCCUCCCCGCGGCCGAGCGCCGGACUCGCCGCUGGACAGCGGCUCCCUGACCUCUCUGGAGUCCAGUGUCUUCUGCAGCGAGGGCGAAGGGGAGCCCCUGGCUCUCGGGGACUGCUUUACUGUCAACGUGGGCGGCAGUCGCUUCGUGCUCUCGCAGCAGGCGCUGUCCUGCUUCCCGCACACGCGCCUCGGCAAGCUGGCGGUGGUGGUGGCUUCCUACCGCCGCCCUGGGGCACUGGCCGCCGUGCCCAGCCCUCUGGAGCUUUGCGAUGACGCUAACCCGGUGGACAACGAGUACUUCUUCGACCGCAGCUCGCAGGCGUUCCGCUAUGUCCUGCACUACUACCGCACUGGCCGCCUGCACGUCAUGGAGCAGCUGUGCGCGCUCUCCUUUCUGCAGGAGAUCCAGUACUGGGGCAUCGACGAGCUCAGCAUCGACUCCUGCUGCAGGGACAGAUACUUCAGAAGAAAGGAGUUGAGUGAAACUUUAGACUUCAAGAAGGACGCAGAAGACCAAGAGAGUCAUCAUGAGAGUGAGCAGGACUUCUCACAAGGCCCUUGCCCCACUGUCCGGCAGAAGCUCUGGAAUAUCCUGGAGAAGCCUGGGUCUUCCACAGCUGCCCGAAUCUUUGGGGUCAUCUCCAUCAUCUUCGUGGCGGUGUCCAUUGUCAACAUGGCUCUGAUGUCAGCUGAGUUAAGCUGGCUGGACCUGCAGCUUCUGGAGAUCCUGGAGUACGUGUGCAUCAGCUGGUUCACCGGCGAGUUUGUCCUGCGCUUCCUCUGCGUACGGGACAGAUGCCGCUUCCUGAGAAAGGUGCCCAACAUCAUAGACCUCCUGGCCAUCUUGCCCUUCUACAUCACUCUUCUAGUGGAAAGCCUGAGCGGGAGCCAGACCACACAAGAGCUGGAAAACGUGGGGCGCAUAGUCCAGGUUUUGAGACUGCUGAGGGCUCUGCGCAUGCUAAAGUUGGGCAGACAUUCUACAGGUUUACGCUCUCUUGGGAUGACCAUCACCCAGUGUUACGAGGAAGUUGGCCUGCUACUCCUAUUUCUGUCUGUGGGAAUUUCCAUAUUUUCAACUGUAGAAUACUUCGCUGAGCAAAGUAUUCCGGACACAACAUUCACAAGUGUCCCUUGUGCAUGGUGGUGGGCCACAACAUCUAUGACUACCGUGGGCUAUGGGGACAUUAGACCAGACACCACCACAGGCAAAAUUGUGGCCUUCAUGUGUAUAUUAUCUGGAAUCCUUGUCUUGGCCUUGCCAAUUGCUAUUAUUAACGAUCGCUUCUCUGCUUGCUACUUCACCUUGAAACUCAAGGAGGCAGCUGUUAGACAGCGUGAAGCUCUGAAGAAGCUCACCAAGAAUAUAGCCACUGACUCAUAUAUCAGCGUUAAUUUAAGAGAUGUCUAUGCCCGUAGUAUCAUGGAGAUGCUCCGAUUAAAAGGCAGAGAAAGAGCAAGCACUAGGAGCAGCGGGGGAGAUGAUUUCUGGUUUUGAAUUCAUUUUCAAUUUAUUUACAAUAGCUGUGUACAAUUAACUGGUAAAGCCGUGACAUGAAUGUCUGUA